UUUUGAAGGAGAUACAAUGUGUGACGCCUGAAUAUGAAGGAGGGAGAUUUUCAGCCGUGCGCCGGUGGGAGGGCAGAUCGUAGAAGCAGGAGGGGAAGGAGCAGUGGAGGCAGAAAAGUAGGAAAUCUCUGCAAACCCCGGAGUCUCAUUCAGCACCAGGCGUCAGUGGACAGCUCCCGAGCAGCGCAGGAAGCAGAGAUUGGUUCAAACGUUCAGUCUGGGAGUAAAACGCGUUUCAGCACAGCUGCACCUGCACACUCUCCACCGCUGUCUUCUCUCCCUCCUUCUCCAUUUCUUCUUCUUCUUCUUUUUUUUUUCCUCUUCAAUUUCCAUCUGUGUGGCGGGUUCGACGAGCCGCGUUCAAACUGCGGGCGAGAGCAGAGCUGACUGGAGCCAAACAAAGACGCAGAAAGAGGACGCAGGGGGAGAGAAGAAGAAGAAGAAGAAGAAGAAGAAGAAACUGGAUGUGCAGAAGUUCUCUUCCCACACUUUGGACUCACUCUUCUGAGGAGGAUUGAAAGGAUCCAUCUUUCCACCUGCACAAAAACGACUGAUCGCUCUGAAUCCAUUUUACCAAAAGGACCAAACUGGAUCAGAUUUAUUCUUCCCCACUGUUUAGUUACUGCCAGUAGCCACGACUGUAAGGACCGACAGGAGACGGAGGCACAGAAGGUGAAAAAGAGGGAAAAGGAUAAAGAGAGCAAAGCAGCGUAAUUAGUAUGACCAUGUUUGUGUCACAGCCGCAACCAACGAGAGGCCACUUUUGAAGAUGCCACUGCUGUGAACAUUACCGGGUGCUAACCUUCGGCACAUUUGCAUGUGCGUUUAUUCAGAAGUACAUCUCUUUCAAUUUCAAAGGACAGGGAUUUGUGUUUGGAUGCAGAUUUAGCCUUUCAUUAUGACUCUGCGAGGCGGCUCUGAGAGUGUGUGGCUUGGCUGCCGUGGGGGAGUUUGCUCCAGGGUAUUGCUGCUGGCUUGUUAUUUCUUGAUUGCCUUGGCAGCCAAACCAAAAAUGCCAGGCCACACGCACCUCAAUUCAAUACGCAUUGAUGGGGACAUAUCUCUGGGUGGACUGUUUCCAGUGCACGCACGGGGGAACGACGGCAAAGCCUGCGGGGAGCUGAAGAAGGAGAAAGGGAUCCAUAGGCUAGAGGCCAUGCUAUUUGCUCUGGAUCGGAUCAAUAACGACAACGAGCUACUGCCUAAUAUCACUCUGGGGGCGCGUAUCCUGGACACGUGCUCUCGAGACACCCAUGCUCUGGAGCAGUCGCUGACUUUUGUUCAGGCGCUGAUUGAAAAAGACUCCACUGAUGUCAAGUGUCUGAGCGGAGGGCCGCCCAUCAUCACUAAGCCUGAGAGAGUGGUGGGAGUGAUCGGUGCGUCGGCCAGCUCCGUGUCCAUCAUGGUGGCCAACAUUUUGCGUCUUUUCAAGAUUCCUCAAGUGAGCUACGCCUCCACAGCUCCAGAACUGAGCGACAACACGCGCUACGACUUCUUCUCCCGGGUCGUGCCCCCCGACACCUACCAGGCCCAGGCCAUGGUGGACAUCGUGAAGGCCAUGCGCUGGAACUACGUCUCCACCGUAGCUUCGGAGGGAAACUACGGAGAAAGUGGCGUGGAUGCCUUUAUUCAGAAGUCUCGUGAGGACGGUGGCCUGUGCAUUUCUCAGUCGGUGAAAAUUCCACGUGAACCCAGAGCUGGAGAAUUCGACAAGAUUAUCCGCAGGCUGAGUGAAAACCCAAACGCCCGUGUGGUUAUUAUCUUUGCCAACGAGGAUGACAUCAGACGACUACUUCAAGCUGCAAAGAAAGCCAAUCAAACAGGUCAUUUCAUCUGGGUGGGUUCAGACAGCUGGGGCUCCAAAAUCACUCCUAUUCUCAACCAGGAAGAGAUGGCGGAGGGAGCAGUCACCAUCCUGCCAAAGCGUCAGUCCAUCAAAGGUUUCGAUCGCUACUUCAUCAGUAGAACAUUGGAGAACAACAGGAGGAAUAUCUGGUUUGCUGAAUUCUGGGAGAAUAACUUUCAGUGCAAGCUUAGCCGCCAUGCUGUGAAGAAAGGAUCUGGCAUCAAGAAAUGCACAAAUCAUGAGCGGAUCGGGAAAGAUUCCUCCUACGAGCAGGAGGGAAAAGUGCAGUUUGUCAUCGACGCCGUCUACGCCAUGGCUCACGCUCUACACAACAUGCACAAGGAUCUCUGUCCUGGGAAAGUCGGGCUUUGCCCCAAGAUGGACUCCAUCAACGGCACGCUGCUGCUCAAGUACAUUCGCUACGUCAACUUUACAGGAAUUGCUGGCACACCGGUGGUCUUUAACGUCAACGGAGACGCUCCCGGCCGCUACGAAAUCUACCAGUACCAGAUCGCAAAUAACACAGCAGAGUACAAAAUCAUAGGACACUGGACAGAUCAGCUUCACUUGGAUAUCCCUGAUAUGCAGUGGCCGGGAGGAACACAAGACACCCCUUCCUCUAUCUGCAGCCAACCCUGUCGACCCGGACAGCGCAAAAAGACGGUGAAGGGGAUUCCAUGCUGCUGGCACUGCGAGAACUGUGACGGUUACCAGUACCAGGCGGACACUCACACCUGUAAGAUGUGUCGCUUCGACCUGCGGCCUAAUGACAACCACACUGGAUGCGUUCCAAUUCCCAUUGUCAAACUGGAGUGGAGUUCCCCGUGGGCCGUCAUCCCCGUCCUCAUCGCCGUCCUGGGCAUCAUGGCUACAGUGUUUGUUGUUGCUACGUUCAUACGCUACAAUGACACGCCCAUCGUUAAGGCGUCGGGUCGAGAGCUGAGCUACGUGUUGCUGACAGGAAUUUUCCUCUGCUACGCUACGACAUUCCUCAUGAUCUCCACCCCUGACGUGGUUGUAUGCUCGCUCAGAAGGAUUUUCCUGGGCCUGGGAAUGAGUAUCAGUUAUGCAGCGCUGCUCACAAAGACAAAUCGGAUCUUUAGGAUUUUUGAGCAGGGCAAGAUGUCCGUCAGCGGCCCCCGGUUCAUCUCCCCUGCGUCCCAGCUGGUCAUCACAUUCAGCCUGAUAUCAGUGCAGCUCCUCGGAGUGUGCAUCUGGUUUGGGGUCGACCCAUCACAGGCCAUCAUCGACUACCAGGACCAGCGAACCUCCAAUCCUGACAUGGCCCGAGGGGUCCUGAAGUGUGAUAUUUCAGACCUGUCCCUGAUCUGCCUGCUGGGUUACAGCAUGCUGCUGAUGGUAACCUGCACGGUUUAUGCUAUCAAGACCAGAGGUGUUCCCGAGACAUUCAACGAAGCCAAGCCCAUCGGCUUCACCAUGUACACCACCUGCAUCGUGUGGCUGGCUUUCAUCCCCAUCUUCUUUGGAACUUCACAGUCAGCGGAAAAGAUGUACAUCCAGACAACAACCCUGACCAUCUCUGUAAGCCUGAGUGCGUCCGUCUCUCUGGGACUGCUCUACAUGCCCAAGGUUUACGUGGUUCUUUUCCGUCCGGAGCAGAACAUGCCCAAACGCAAGCGCAGCCUGAAGGCUGUCGUCACUGCAGCCACCAUGCCCAACAAGUUCAACCCCAAAGGUGGCCUGAGGCCCAACGGGGAGGCCAAGUCCGAACUCUGUGAAAGUCUCGAAACACAAGUGCUGGCCUCCAAGCAGACCUACAUCAGCUACAGCAACCAUGCCAUCUGAGACAGUGGACGGGACGGAAGGACGGAAGGACGGAAGGAAGUGAAGACUACCUGAGGAGAACUCACCUGAUACUUUGGGAAAACGGAGAAAAGAAAAAAAAAAAACACCGAAAGACUUAAAAGCUUCUACAGAAGGUUGGGGGGUUGGGAGGAGGUGGAGAGACGGGAAUUUAUCGUUGUAAAAAAAAAAAAUUAAAAAAAAAUCGAAAGGAUGUCAUAUUUUUCUAGAGUAUAAGGUAUAUGGUGGAAAUGCCAAACUUGGGGAAAAGUGCGUGUCGUCGGAAGGAGCUGGGAGAUAUCGGGAGAUCGGACGGUUGAUUUUCCUCUCCCCUUCCUCCGAAAGACACAAAUAAGUGUUGAACAGUGAGGAUUCCAGAUGCAGACUGGAUGAGCCUCACAGAGUCUACAGUGUCUUUCUGAAAUGUAUAGCACAUGUUGUCAGUUCUCUCCGAGGCUGAUUUAUUUUUCACAUUUCAACCAAAAAAAAAAAAAAGAAAAAAAAGUGGGAAAUAAGUGUUCGCUUUUCCUCUUCUCCAAAUGCAGUUUACAAGGUCAAGCAGUAUAAAAUCUAUUGAUUAUUUUUAGCAACUGGUAUUACUGGAGUAUAAAGCUGCAGUACUCCCCAGACUGUACAUGCCUUAUUAAAGUACCAUCAGUAUUUCCACAUAACUAACAACAUCUAAAUCGCCCCCAGCAGGUGGCGACGCCAGGUUUUUGUUUUAAUUCCAGUUUCGUGUUUACGUUUAGUUUCGUGACAAUACGCCAACGUUUUUUUUCCCAAAUCUAGUGUACAGUCCCCAAGCAUGUUCGUGGGAGCACCAUGUGUACCGUGCCGUGUUGUCAACGUCUAUGGAAUGCAACGAUUGUCAUGGUUGUCAUUCACAGUGAAAAUGUCAUUUUGAACCACAAACCACCCGUGUUUUAAUUAAAACACGACAGGAGCCAAACACCCUUUAAAUGUCCUAAAAAAAAAAAACUACACACUUAAAACAUGCCAGAUCUUUUGCUCUUUUAUACUUCACACACACUGAUGCUGUUUCAGUUUAACAAACGUAAUUACUCAUUAAGAAAUGCAACAUAUUACCCAAACAGGGGGUGCCAAAAAUCUAAUCAUCCAAGGUUUCUAUUUACCCCCCGUGUGUUUCCGUGUUAACUUGAUGCUGAGCUCAGUAAAAAUCUGACUACGAAAAGGAAAAACCCGACAAAUCAGUCUCUUGUCAUAGAAGAUUCAUUCUUGAAAACCAGGCAAUUGAUUUUCUGCUUUGUUAGGAACAACUUUCCAGGGUGAGACCAGUGUUUUGUGCCACAGUAGUUGCAGUGUUUUCUGUGUUUUCUGUUUUUUUGUUUUUUUUUGCCGGGGUGUUCCCCCACUGUUAGGAGAAUAUUGACACUGCUGCAAAAAUGAAAGUUCUGUUCAUUACUUUGGGUGCAGAAUUACCCUCAUGCGGCUGCUCAGCUUGACGACCAAUUUAAGAGAUGUUGCGAGGACAGCUCUAUCAAAACGCGAGGAACAGCUACAGUAAUUCCAUGUCACGGCGAACUCAGCACGAUUGUUGUGUCUUUUUGUUAAACUCUGCAGUCUGUCCAUUUGUCUUCGUCUUUUUCUCCUACCCAAAAAUAAGUCCAAUCUAUAUUUAAAAGUGUGCAUCGAAUCAAGUAUCGAAUUAAAUCAUAAAAUCCGAAGCUUGAAUCAGACUAAUUUAACUAUUACUUAUUUGAUUUAAUGACUACGUAGCAGACUCGCGAUGAUGUCAUAAACCUCCACAGAGAUCACGAGAGCCGAACCACAUUAGACAAAGACAUUAAGGCUAGUUUAGUGCUACUGACGGUUCGACCCCCGAGACAUGUCUGGUGUCUCUCAGUGACAGCUGUCAGGUAAAAAGAUGAUGCUGCUUUUUUUUUUUUUUUUUUCCAAUUCCAGAAGUCACUCAGUAAAGGCAGGACAGUCGGUCAGACCACCGCAGGGCCUCACAUACAGACCAUAAUAACCAUUCACUCUCACUGUCGUCUGAUGUAAAUGUUUUCAACGCUGCGGUGACAGUUAACCUCUGGGUGAGAAAAUAUCGACAGUAUGCUGCGUAGCCUCACCGUGACAGUAGCAUAACUUCAUCUAGACAUUAUUAGGACUUUUCAAACUGGUGAGGCCUUUAAGUCAAUGCUAUGAUACCAUGACAAGUAGAAUACCAAGACAACCUGAAUAUUGUCAACCAAAGGCAAUGGAACAUACAAGGAACAAAGAAAACCUCAGACAGCAAUGUCCUUGAGGUCUAUUUAAUCUUUUUUUAUUAUUAUUAUUUAUCUCAAAAAUAUACUUUUCUCUACAUUAGCCAAGUUUGCUGAGGAAAAUGUGGCAUCAGAUAUAAGGUUCUGCAGGCCAUGUUCUAAGCAGGAAUCGGAAGCUAUGAUUUAGAAAGUGUCAGCAAAUGAGUUAUGGCUAAGG